UAAUAAUAUGAAACUGAAAUAAUUUCAAAUUUGUUUCUGGAAGUGAAUUUUUAUCUUGUGUGAUUUUGUGAAUAGUGAAUACCUAUAAAACAAAUAAUUACAUAAUAUUAUAAUCUACCUUUAUUACAAAAUAAAAAUAAAAAUACAUUUGUUUAUUAAAUUCUAUGUAAAGCGAUGGUUGAUGUCAGCGAAGGGACACUUUUUGUGGUGGACGAAGUGAGUGACAUUAUUAAGGACUCAAUUGAACAUUCAAUUGGUAGUCAACUAUACCAACAAAAUAUGGUAAAUAAAUGGACGGAUUCUGUGGUUGAAAACUGUCUUACAAAACUUUCUAAAUUGGCCAAACCAUUUAAAUAUAUAGUAACAUGUGCCAUUAUGCAAAAAAUUGGUGCUGGUCUUCAUUCAGCAAGUUCAUGUUUUUGGGAUAAUUCAACAGAUGGUAGUUGUACUGUUAGAUGGGAAAACAAAACUAUUUAUGUUAUUGUAACAGUUUUUGGCCUAGCUAUAUGAACACCAAAAUAAAGUCUUGUACAAAUCUAAUAACAUAUUUAUACCAUUAAAUAUAAAAAUACAUUUUUUUUAAAAACAUGUAUAAAACUAGAAAAUAUUUUUCCUAUUUUUGGUUUUGCCAUUAUUAACAGACAACAGAAAAAUUAUUAUUGAUUUUUGCAAUUAGCCUUUAUUAGAAUACUAAUUUAGAUUUAAUUUAUGUAAUGUAAAAAUGAUUAUUGAUUGUUUCAAUAUUGAUAACUAAUAAAAUAACUAUGUAAAAUGGUAUUUAUAAUAUUUAAAUAUUUUGUAUUUUAAUUGUAUUAUUUAUACAAUAGCAACAAUCAUUUAAAAUUAAUUGUUAUCAUAA